AUGGCCAUCUUCGCGGGCCUCGAGAUCCCCGACCUCGUGCGCGCCGGCGCCGUCCGCACCACAUGGCGCUCCGCCUAUGUCGCCCUCCGCGACCUAGGCAAGCACAAGCAGCCCCAGACGCCCUGCCUGCUCUACAUCUCUGAAUCUACCGGUGACAACGUUGCCUGCCUCUACAGCCUGCUGGAGAAGAGGGUUUACAGACUGACUCUCCCGGAUCCACCGGUCCGCCGCCGGUUCCUCAUCGGGUCCUCUCUCGGCUUCCUCGUUACCGUCGACGAGCUAUCUGAACUGCAGCUCGUCAAUCCCAUCACCGGUGAACAGAUUGCUCUGCCUUCGGUGACCACCAUGCCGCACGUGAAGCCCAUCUGCGAUGACUCCGGUGCUGUCCACAAGUAUGAAUACACAAGGGACUCUUGGGAACGAGCUUUCAGCACGUCGAUCUAUGCUCUCUGUGAGCUGCGGGAAUCCUUCUACUUUAAGGCAUUUGUGUUCUUUGAUGCAUCCACAGGAAGCUUCAUUGUGGCGCUCAUCCAUGAGCCAUUCGACCAGCUCUCUUUUGCAAGAGUAGGGGAUGAUAAGUGGACCAGGCUGCUGCCACACGGUGACAUCCAUGAGCCAUUCGACCAGCUCUCUUUUGCAAGAGUAGGGGAUGAUAAGUGGACCAGGCUGCUGCCACACGGUGACUAUCGGGACUGCACCUACAAGGAUGGGUUGUUGUAUGCGGUGACUAUAGGGGGAGAGAUUCAUGCCUUCGAUCUUAGUGGUUCUGCUGUUACAGUGAAGAUCAUUAGGGGGAUGGAUAUGAAUUUAGAUCUCGACGCCGUGUAUAUUGUCCAAGCUCCAUGGGGUGGUCUGCUGCUUGUUUCGAGAACAAUAGAGAUUGAGGAGCCUGAGGAUGAAGAGGCUGAUCCUGAAAUAGCUCUUCCCAAAUAUACUGUGGAAAUCAAAUUACACAAAGUUGAUGUGGGCACAAUGAGGCUUGUGGAAAUUGAUUGCUUGCCUGACCAUGUGCUGUUUGUUGGGCAUAACCAUGCACUUUGUCUCAGUGCAAAAGAAUAUCCUGCUCUCAAGGGGAAUCAUGCCUACUUCACUGAUGAUGAUGAGUACAUUACGGGUCGUAAGAGUUGUCGUCGUGACAUAGGAGUGGUUGACUUGGGCAGUAAUACCAAGGAGGACCUUGUUUCUCCCCAGCUUUGGUCCAACUGGCCUGCUCCUGUGUGGAUUACGCCCAAUCUCACAAUGAUGAAACAUGCGUGGAAUAACCAUUGCGUCAGCGGACAACAGCAACUCUCCAGAUCAGUGGUGACAUCGAAGAGCUGAUGAUGCAGCGCGCUGUGAUGGCUUGAGUCUCUUGAAGUUUAGUGACCGAUGUGUGUGAAAUUGUGUUUCUGUUGUGAAUUGUGAGAGAAGUCAGAGUUUGUCAUGUCUCGGUGCUCUUACUUUCCUGUUUACCGUGUAUACCUUGUCCUGAAAUGUCCACAGAGCCUUGCCGUCGAAUUUGAGGUCGUAAUAAUGCAGUCAACUUAUUCUGGCAUACGUUUUGCUAAUUCUUCUUCGGAUUAUAUUAUGCCAUCUGGCGCAAAUUCAGUGACAGUUAAUUCCAUACAAGUUAUUACUCUGCGAAGUUUCAGUAUGUAGCUGUUUUUUUGUCAGGACGUUUUGUUUAUGAUGCCCUCAAAUUUACACCGUUUGGGCGCUGAUCAGUUUGUUGAUUAAAUGUUCCGUACCUAUAUUCUGCCGAAGCUGCUUUGGCCAAUGUCAGCGGAGAUGAUCUAUUGAAGGGCAUAUUCUUUGAGGUAAAGAAAAAGUUUGAGACAGCACUUAAUGUCCUUAAGAAGGAAAAGAUCAUGGUUGAUCCAGAUGACCCAACAGCAGUUGACUAUUCACUCUUCUUGGAUGACCUUUGAGUUCUGCACCCUGUGAGGCUGCGACGAACAUCCAGAGGACAAGGCACGACGAGGCGACGCUGGCCAUGAGUGAUGAGAAGGCCACCAAUAGAAAAAUCGAUCAUCUCCUUGUACCUGAGUAUGCGAGUACAUUUUCUGAAGGAAACGCAGAGGACGUGACUGCCAGCAUCCAGAUGGACCAGAGCCCUGUUCGGAGCGUGGACGCCCACGAGUGCACGGCCGGGUACAGCAAGGUUGCAGCGAUCCCGAGGAUGGUGCUGAAACCCUGAGCUAGACUGAUCACGUGU